AUGAGAGUUCAAGGCAAAGAUCUUGGCCGUGCUGAGGUUUUUGAAGUAGUUUCAGGACGUCGUGGCCCAGAUGGCGUCUGCAAGGACUUUCUUGCCUUUAAGGAUGAUGAUCCCGGGUUGAAGAAGAAGAACCCGGUGCGGGCAUCUCUGAUCACCGAAAAUCCUACAAACGGAGCCGAUUCCUCUGAGGGUGCCAUCCGUCCAUCUUGGAGACGUGUUAGCAAGUCCUCUGGUUGCACUCUAAACCUUAUUAAGAAGACCAUGCCAACCAUUCCACCACAGCAAACGGAACUGCGCAGCGUUCUAGAAUCUGACCGUAACUGUCGGUGCUACUAGCGGACACCGCUUUCUCGUUUGAACAGAACUCAAGCAAAGCUUUUCCCGGGGCCCGGUUCCACAAGAACCACGGCGUGCGACAAUCCACCG